GCACCAACCGUCGCGAGCCUCGGCGCGAAGAUAUAAAUGGGGCUCCGCUCCUCCGUCAUUUGGAAACAUCGCGAAUCGAGAGAGAGAGAGAGCGAGAGGCGAGCGAUGCCAUGAUUCCGCUCGCGCUCACGCAUGCAUCGAUGCACGCAUGAAAUCCGUCCGCCCGCCGCCAUCCAUGGAGGAAUCCGCCGUCGCUAAGCCUCGGAGACGGAGAGCCGCCGCCGCCGCCGCCACCAACAGCACCACCACCACCGUCGCCACCGCGGAUCGCCCGAGCCGGAGCCCGGCGGCGGCGGCGGCGUGGAGGACGCCGGCUUGGAGGGCGAGGGGUGCGACGCCGAGGCCUGGGAGAUGCUGACCGCGAGCUUCAGGCGGGUGCAGUCCGUGCUCGAUCGGAACCGGGCGCUGAUCUCCCAGGUCAACGAGAACCACCAGUCCAAGGUCCCCGACAACAUCGCGAAGAACGUCGCGCUGAUCAGCGAGAUCAACGGGAACAUCUCGAAGGUGCUGUCGAUAUACUCGGAUUUGUCGGUCGAUUUCUCCGAGGUCGUGCAUCAGCGCCGCGCACUGCAGAACGGUGCCGGCGGAAGGAACGGCGAGAAGCUGGAGAGCUCGGGGGCCUGAUCGCGUCCAUCGAUGGGAGCGAUGGUUUAUCAGUAAUAUCAAUCCCCCUGAGCUCGUGCUUCUUAGUCAACUGAUUCGACCUUGGCUUGAUUUUUCUAGCUAGCUGUGUCUGGUCUUGCGAAAGUGAGUCUUAGACGUUUGGUUGUUCGUCGUGUCGGUGAGUAGCGGUACGUCUUUCAAAUGGAGUGAGCUCUGUCGUGGUCAAUAAUGAACAUACUACUCAUGCGUUGCUUGCGUUUGUCUAAUGCUUCUCGUGUUGUGAGGACGCUAGCUGUGGGACUGUUUCUCUUCAUUACUAGCCCCGCACUGCCGAGAUAUGAAGGUACUUAUGCUCUAUUUGGUCUCCCGCCUUUUGUUUCCCUUUCUUUUUUUAAUUCAACGCCGAGAUAUUAAGCUUUGACCCUUUUUCCCACUCUUCAUAUGAGUGGGAAAAACGGUCAGUUCAGAUUGAA